CUAUUUCCGUUGUUAUACGAGCGAAAUAUAAAUGCAAAUCUUGAAAAGCUCUGUGUGCAAUCUGUACACUUUAUUUAGCAAAAUAGUUAUGGGUGUGGAUUAGUGAGGUAUUUAGAUGACGAGUAUGUUCAAGAAGAUCAAUGAACUUCCAUCAGAAUCUGAAUCCUCACCUGAAGAAAGUUUUGUUUAUCUUACCCCAGCCUUUGUUAGAGAAACUGAAGAUAAAAUAUGGAAAUCAAGUUUUUCAAUGCCUGAUUUGCUAUCACCUUCACCAUUAUUAGCUAAUCCUAGUGAAGAAAAUAUGAAUAAUCAAGUAAGUUUCCUCUAUGAUUAUUAUGGUAUGACUGAUGAAUCAAGACAGGAUCCUCCAUCACCUGGUCAUUCUUCUGUCACAAGUGUUGAUGAUAAUCCUGAUGGUAUUAACAUACUCGAAAAACAGCAAAAUGGAAGUCCGAAUUUGUCAAUAAAACAAAGUUUUCAUGAGAGUGGAAAGUCAUGCGCUCCAUUUUCAACUCAAAUAAAUGCAGUAUCCAGUAGUAGUAAGUUUCAUAGUGUAAUUGGAAACAGGCGUACACAAUCAACACCUUGUUUUAAAUCAGAAAAUGUGUCUGAAUGUAGCUCGUCAUCAAUUUCAAACUCUACCGAGAAGCUUAUGUCACGAAACACAUUUCCAUAUGUUAGACGAAUUAAUUAUGACACAAAUCAAAAAUAUAUUUUUAUACUUGAAGCUCAGACUUCUGUUGUUCAAAAGCGCGAAGAUGAAACACUGACCUACCUGAACAAAGGUCAAUUUUACUACAUCACUUUUGAAUCAGGUCCUGAAAAUAAAUGCAGCCGGGCAAAGUCAAUCAUACAUCUGGUGUUUCGCGACGAAAAGGACGAGAUGACUGAGUUGACAAACUGGAAGUACUGGUACAACCAACAACCAAACUUCAAUCAACGAGCAUUUGAUAUUGAAAGAAAGGCAUGUCAAAAUGUCAUCAUUGAUAAUGAAGAGUAUGGUUAUAAUGCCCUAGCUUUCUUGUGGUCACCUUAUUUAAAAGCUAAAGUAUCAUUUCGAAUAAAUUGUCUUAGUACAGAUUUUACUCCACAGAAAGGUGUUAAGGGGUUACCACUUUAUAUUCAAAUUGACACUUACGAAGAUAUGUCAGAAAAUGCUCAACCCGUUCAUCAAGCUUUUUGCAAAAUUAAAAUUUUCAGAGACAAGGGGGCUGAAAGAAAAAAUAAAGAGGAAUCGAAGACAGUUGGUAAACGUAUGGUGAAAUAUUUAAAGCAAGGGCCAGAUUUUAGUACAAUUGAAGUUAGUCCAUUUCAAAUUGCAAAUAAAGUAACAGUUCUUAAAGAUUCUCCGUUCCCAAUAACAAAAUCAUUUGUAUUUAUUCCAAUCAAAGAUAAGAUUGCAUCACCUUUAGAAACAAGUUCUUCAUUAUGUUCUCCACCAGGAGCUUUUAUUACUAAAAUAAAGGAGAGAGAUACAAAACGGGGUUUUAACAAUGCUUUGUCAAAUACUAGCGAUUAUCUUGAAAAUCUUGAUGUUUAUCCCAAGUUAAAAACGCAAAGAGUUUACCAGAAAGAUACAGUAACGAUAUACGUCCGUAAAGAAGAAGAAAAGGCUUAUAAUGCGCUGCUUCUCACCUCGCCCACAUUGAAUGUUCUCAAAGAAGCUAUAUCAAAAAAAUAUAACAUUCCUUCUGAAAUGAUUCGAAACGUUUAUAAAAAAACAAAAAAAGGAUUUCUUGUAAAUAUUGACGAUCAACUUGUUGAAAGAUUUGCUGAAGAGGAUGAUUUUGUUAUUGACAUUCGUUUUGACAAUCAUCUUGGUCAGUUUGAAGUAGUUUUUGACAGUUAAUUUUUCUGGACAUUAUUUAAAAAAUGCUAAAAUUAAAAAUGCAAAGAAUUUUCGAACAAAAGGUUCUGUAUGAUACUCGGUCGCAAAGAUUAUCAUCUGCUAAAAAGGAAAUUAAAAACAAUUAAAAUUCUGACUAAUUCACCAAAAUGUGUAAUGAAUGUUGUGUUUUUUCAUAACUUUCAUAAUUUUUAUAAGAAUUUAUAUUUAUGUUACUGAUAGAUAUUGACA